AUCGACUGUGCCUUGACUGCAUCACCACUUACAACACUUUCCACCUCCAUCUCUUCUUCUAAUCCCCUCAGUCCUUUCUUUUCUUUCUUCUUGGCCUUUUCCCAUCUCCCUUCGCCAUUCAUCUCCUCUCUCCUCCACUGCAGCGCGGUGGUGGAGCUCAACAACUUCUUGACCUACCAAAGGAAAGGUCGCGCAUCAUCACCAUCACCGAGCUUGCGCCGCUGACAUUUGGUUGCGCGCAUCAUCUUCCUUCAUCCAAAGGCUGACCUCGAAAGAGUCAUCAGCACGACGACAACAUUGAACGACUCUGAACGUUCGCCAGACUCUCGCGAGAGGACAACCCAUUGGCAUUCAUCAUGGCGCCAAAGAAGACUUCCAAGUCUAGCGCCGACCCGGUGCAGGUCAAUGGCAAAAUCACCACGAAAGAGAUGGUACAAUCGAGUCACAACAAACCGCCGCAUCCAGCUGGACCAUACACCUCACCUGGAAUCGGCGACUACAACAUCUUCAACCUCAAAUCCACCGAUUGGACAUUGCUCGGUGUCAUCACCGCCAUCGCAACCGUAGUCCGCCUGUUCCGCAUCUACCAACCCACCAGUGUCGUCUUCGAUGAGGUUCACUUUGGCGGGUUUGCCAGCAAGUACAUCAAGGGCAAGUUCUUCAUGGACGUACACCCGCCUCUCGCAAAACUUCUCAUCACGUUGGCGGGAUACCUCGGCGGAUAUGACGGUGUUUUCGAUUUCAAGGAUAUCGGCAUGGACUACCUCGAGCCUAACGUCCCGUACGUCUCCAUGCGUCUGCUGGCGGCCGUCUGUGGUGUGCUCGCGAUCCCGACCAUGUUCCUGACCCUCAAGGCUUCGGGUUGCAAGAACACCACUGCCGCGCUGGGCGCCGGACUGCUCACGUUUGAGAACGGUUUCGUCACACAAUCGCGUCUCAUCCUCUUGGAUGCGCCCUUGGUCAUCUUCACCGCUCUCACCGCGCUCUCCUGGAUCUCCUUCACCAAUCAACACGAACAGGGCCCGUCCAAGGCUUUCACUGCGAGCUGGUGGUUCUGGCUGGCCUUCACCGGAUUGUCUCUGGGUGCUACCGCGAGUGUCAAAUGGGUCGGGUUGUUCACCAUUGCCUGGAUCGGCUCCUUGACUGCUCUCCAGUUGUGGGUUCUCAUCGGUGAUGCCAAGAACGUCACGGUGCGUAUCUGGUUCAAGCACUUGUUCGCCCGCAUCUUCUGCUUGAUCGUCAUCCCGAUCACUUUCUACAUGGCCAUGUUCGCGAUUCACUUCGUCUGCUUGGUGAACCCUGGCGAUGGUGACGGUUUCAUGAGCAGUGAAUUCCAAGCCACACUCAACAGCAAGGGUAUGGCAGAUGUGCCCGCCAAUGUGGCCUUUGGUUCCCGCAUCAGUCUCCGUCAUCACAACACCCAGGGCGGAUACUUGCACUCACACUUGCACAUGUACCCGACUGGCAGCAAACAGCAGCAGAUCACCCUCUACCCGCACAAGGACGAGAACAACGUCUUCCUCAUCGAAAACCAGACGCAGCCGAUCAACUGGGCAGUGGAUCCGACGGGCAACACUACCAUUCCUGGUCCUUCAGCAUGGGACGCUCUGGAGCCACAAUGGGUUGUGGAUGGUAGCAUCAUCCGUCUUUACCACAUCACCACCGAUCGCCGAGUGCACUCGCACGAUGUCCGACCGCCGAUCAGCGAAGUUGAAUGGCAAAAUGAAGUCUCCGCGUAUGGUUACGAGGGUUUCGAAGGUGACGCCAACGAUCUCUUCCGCAUCGAAAUCGUCAAGGGAAUGUCCGAUGGAAAAGAAGCCAAGGAACGUGUCCGGACCAUCCAGACCAAGUUCAAGCUCGUCCACAUUAUGACCGGUUGCACCCUGUUCUCGCACAAGGUCAAACUUCCCGACUGGGGUUUCGAACAACAAGAAGUCACCUGCGCCCGAGGUGGUACUCUCCCCAACAGCAUCUGGUACAUCGAGAGCAACAACCACCCGAGUCUCCCCGCCGACGCCGAAAAGGUCAACUACCGCAACCCGGGUUUCUUUGGCAAAUUCUGGGAACUUCAGCAAGUCAUGUGGACCACCAACGCCGGUCUCGUUGAAUCUCACGCCUGGGACUCCCGCCCACCCUCGUGGCCCAUCCUCUCCCGUGGAAUCAACUUCUGGGGCAAAGACCAUCGUCAAAUUUACCUCAUCGGUAACCCUCUCAUCUGGUGGUCCAGCACUGCCGCCAUUGUCGUCUAUGUCCUGUUCAAGGGUCUCGCGGUCAUCCGCUGGCAACGCGCUUGCAACGAUUACGAAAACGCGACUUUCCGCCGCUUCGACUACGAGCUCGGCACCACGGUCCUGGGAUGGGCUUUCCACUACUUCCCGUUCUACCUGAUGCAGCGUCAACUCUUCUUGCACCACUACUUCCCUGCGUUGUACUUUGCCAUCAUGGUCCUGUGCCAGAUUUUCGACUACACCUUCAGCCGCGUCUCUGUCGGUGGCUUCACUCUCCGCGACAAGCCGAUCGCUGCGCAGACCACUGCCGUGGUGUUCCUCGCCGCGAGCAUCGUCGUCUUUACCCUCUACGCUCCGUUGAGCUAUGGUGGCACCUGGAGCAAGGAUGAGUGUUCCCGCGUCAAGCUGUUUGAGACCUGGGACUGGGACUGCAACACUUUCCUCAAUUCGCGUGCCGACUACGAUCUCUAUGUCCCUGUCGCUGCCGGUGCCGAACCCACCGCCUCCGCCGCUCAUGGCCCGGCACCUCCCGUCGCCGAGGACCCCCAGAAAGAAGUCAACCUGACCCCGCUCGCCGACGCCGGCGCCUCCAACGACAUCCCCGCCGAACCGCUGACCUCCGACAGCUCGUCGAUCCCGAGCAUCGUGCAGGGCAAACUCGACAAAUUCCUCAAGGACGUCGCCGACAAAGUCGACCCGGCCGUCAAGGCCGCCGCGGAUGCCGCCUCCGAGGGCGGCGCCGACGCCGAAUCCUUCUCCACCCGCUACCAGACCCACACGCGCAUCCUCGACGACGCCGGCAACGAAGUCUACAACGGCCCCGUCUACGUCGAGGUCAGCGACCAGGCGAGCCAGGACGCCUCCGCCGAGGGCACUUUCGCCGGCACCAUCGCCCACGCGCCCGAGCCGGAGACACCUGCCGCUGCGGCCGAAGCCCCGGCGAGCGACGCACCCAAGGAUGCCCCCGUACCCAAGGAGGAGAAGACUCCUGCGGCGAGCAAAGGUGGUGAGAAAUUGGAGCCGGAGGAGAAGGUUCUCAAGGCGGAGGAGACGGGCAAGGACGAGCUAUGAAAAUCUGUUACUGUUUUCUGAUCGGAGGGGGAAGUCAGGCGAGGGCAGAGGCAGAGGCUCAUUGGCGGUUGAUGGCAUCUCUCGCUCUGGCUCACUUAUUGUUGUUGAUGUUGAUGUGACUGUAUGUUUGUAUGCUUAAACUUUGUCUCUCUACUUUUGUCCUCGUCUCUUCCUUUCUUCUUUCUUUUCACUUUCUUCUUUUUCCUCUUUUUCAUCUUAAAUAUGCUGGCUGCUGUAGGACGGCUUUUGUUAAGAAACACACAUAGAGAGACAAAUGGAGAAGAAAUAUGA